AGGUUUAAAGUAGCUCUCAAAGGCAGAGUUGGUGUUUGAAUGAUCAUUGUUGGGAAGCAAGAAUCAACAUUUGGAUGAAUAAAAACUGAAAAAGGUUACCUGGUAUGUUUGAUGCAAUGGGUGCUGCUGGAUCAGUGGAUGACAUUAAUGCUAUGGAAGUUCACCACUGGUACACAAAGUUUAUGAAGGAGUGCCCAUCUGGACAACUUUGCCUGCAUGAAUUUAAACAUGUCCUGGAUCUACACGGACUUAGCCCUGAAGCUAACAACUAUGUGGAACAAGUAUUUCACACAUUUGACAUGAAUAAGGAUGGAUUUAUAGACUUCUUGGAGUUCAUAGCUGCAAUAAAUUUGGUUAUACGAGGGAAAAUUGACCAAAAAUUGAAAUGGUAUUUCAAGCUGUACGAUGCUGAUGGAAACGGAUGCAUUGACAAAAAGGAGCUAUUAAGCAUAUUCAGGGCUAUCCAGGCUAUUAAUGGCUACACCAACAUGACUGCUGAAGAGUUCACAAACAUGAUAUUUCAGAAGAUAGAUGUGAACAAUGACGGGGAGCUGACUUUAGAAGAGUUUAUCAAUGGUGUGGAAAGAGAUGAGGACCUAAUGGAAUUGAUUACAAAAAGUUUUGACCUUUCCAACGUACUCAAAGUCAUACAGAACGGGAGGAGAAACAGUGUCUGAAGGAUCCAGUCAUGGAGGUGGUCUCUGUGUCAUCAUUUCAAGAACAAAUAUUUGAUCUAUUCAGAGAGCUUGAUGUUGUCAAAGCCUGCCCAGGCAAUACUGAGCAGCCUUCUCCAGGAGUAACAGUUUUCACUCUUCAUAUAUAUCCUUUUAUUUUCUUUAUUCUUUCCCUUGCUAAUGACUGUGGCAGACACAGGAAAAAAAAACCAACUUUGCCUGCAUAUAAUAGAAAAAGUAUUUCAUGCAGUAAAAGUAACUUAAUUGGGUUCUGUGAACAUGUUGUGGUCAAACCCUGGCUAGCUGCUCACUCACUCCACUCUAGUGGGAUUCAGAAGAGAAUUGGAAGAGUGAAAGUGAGAUAACUUGUGGGCUGAGAUAAAGACAGUUUAAUACAGAAAGAAGAGGCACGCAAGCAAAGCAGAGCAAGGAAUUAAUUCACCAUUUCCCACAGGCAGGCAGAUGUUCAGCCAUCUCCAUGGAAAGCACGGAUCCAUCAAGCAUAAGGGUGACUUGAGAAGACAAAUGCCAUCACUUUGAACAUCCCCUCCCCUCCUUCUUCUCACACAGCAGAGCGUGACUCCACAUAGUAUGGGAUAUCCCUGUGGUCACUUGGGGUCAGCUGUCCUGGCUCUGUCCCCUCACAACUCCUUGUGCAUGUCCAGCCCACUCGGUGUGGGGUGGGGUGAGAGGCAGAAAAGGACUUGUCACUGUGCAAGUGCUUCUCAGCAGUAAUGAAAACUUCUUGGUUUUAGCAAUAUUGUUUUGGUCACAAAUCCAACACACAGCCUCACACCAGCUACUAUGAAGAAAAUUACCACUAUCCAAACUGAAACCAGCACAUUCUCUUCUGUUCAGAUUAAUCAAUAGAAUAAUGAAUAUAACACAAACUGCAACUUUUCUAGAAGACACAAAGUUAAUAAUUUUUUUCUUUUAAUAAUGUGUUCUUUAACCUACUAUCUAAAGUGUGGACACAAGCUUUUGGGUAGGACUUGGUUCUAUCCACAUGAAUUAAGAACAAAGCCUGCUUUGUAUUAACCUAACAUUUGCUCUGAUCAGUACUCAAAGUUGGGUUAAGUUCUCUGGGAAACACCUCAGUUAGCUUGAUAUUCCAAAGAUGUGUAUCCUCCUUAACAAGCUCUCUACUACUCUUGAUUUUAUUACAUUUGUAAGUUAAAAUAAUGUGAUAUUUUGAUGUUUUUUCCAGAGCUCAGCCACUGUUCUUUCAAAUUAACCUUUUAUUAAAGUGGUGGAAUUAAAUUCUGUUAUCUUUGUAAUGCAAAGUUAGAAGUUCAAAGAAUAGCAAAAACCGAAUCAUUCUGUAAGCACUCCCAGAGAUUUGCAUCCUUUAACUUGUAUGUCCUCCUUUGCAAAACAGUGUUUUUACUGAACUCUUUGCCAUGGCUGCAUGAGACAAAAGGUAAGAGGUAUAGGGUAACUUGUACUUCUGCAAAACAGACAGCCUUUCCCUGACUAAUUUAGGUCUGUUUGCCCUGCCCAAAUACCUGGGUGAAAGCUUUCAGCAAUUGAGUCUUUCUGAGACUUCUACCUCCUGUCAAACUGGCUUGCAAUUAUCUCUGAAGGUGGUAGCCAGGAGUGCAGGGAAGGCAUUUGCAGAUGGCAUGAUCACAUAUUCUUCUUUUUUUUAGGAAACUAGGCUCAAAACAACACAAUGUUACUUUGUAAAUAACAAGAUUAAUUCUACGAGCUGAAAUGGAAUGGCAUGAAAUGUCUGCAAAGGGAAAACUGUAAUUCUUUCUGGUUCUAUCACAAUUGAUUCUCUCUCAAGUCUGUAACAAAAUUACUAUAUUAUAUCAUAAGACUAAGUUCUCCUUGCCUGACAAUGCCCUGCAGGCAUCACACUAAUUAUUGUUAGAAACAUUAGUAUUAUGCAAAAUAAAUAGUGCAAGGAUUGGUGCAGGUUGAACAAAACCAUUAUUAAGACUUCAAUACAAAAGUGUUUUUCUUCCAAAUUCACUUCAAAUCCAUGACCAUUUGCACAUGAAAUAUACUCCAUCAUCUACAAUUAUUAUCCCAGGUUCUGGUUGAUCAAUGGAAUAGAGAAAGAAUAUGCAACAUGCAUUACUUGACAUUAUAAACAGUUCUGACAUUAUAGUUCUGACAUUUGAAUCUUUUAUGUCCUUAAUAAAAAAAAAUAAAAUUAUGUAUGAGAUUGCUGGUGCUUUGAAUUUUAAGUUCUUGUAUUUAUUCAUCUUUGACACAUAAAUACGUCACUGUCAGUUUUCUCACAUCCAGACUUCAGAAAGUCACUUUUCUUAGUCUAAUGCUUUUGUAUUUAGAGCCUAGGAGGGUGGUGUCCUUCCGAACUGGUUUUACAAUACUUAAAAUAAAAUGGUCCAAUCUAAGUAGAUUGGGCAUAUGGAAA